AUGCUAAAGGUGCACACGGUACAUUGGAAACUGUCGACUGAUGAUGCUGACGAGUACUUGUUCACAGAUCGUUUCGCGGCGACUGAACGUGCUGUAAAGGCUAACGUCGUCCCCAAGAAGGGAAUUGAGUUGUACUCGGGACAGUACUACACUGCUUGUAUGGUCGGUGGUAUCCUCGCCUGUGGUACCACGCACACCUUAGUCACGCCCUUGGAUCUCGUCAAAUGUCGUCGUCAGGUCGACGCCUCCCUCUACAAAUCCAACAUGGAAGCCUGGCGCAACAUUUACCGCGCCGAAGGCAUGCGUGGAAUCUUCACCGGCUACCAACCCACCUUCAUAGGGUACUCCUUCCAAGGAGCCGGUAAAUACGGGUUCUAUGAGCUCUUUAAGAAGACGUACGCCGAUGCCCUCGGUCCUGAUUCUGCGGUUAAGUAUCGUACGUUUGUCUACCUUGCUGCUUCGGCGAGUGCGGAGGUUAUUGCGGAUGUGUUGUUGUGUCCGUGGGAGGCCAUUAAGGUUAGGAUGCAGACUAGUAUUCCGCCGUUUGCUAGGACGACGAGGGAGGGUUGGGGAAAGAUCACGGGUGCGGAGGGGCUUGGUGGACUCUAUAAGGGUCUUUCCCCGCUCUGGGCUCGUCAAAUCCCGUACACCAUGAUGAAAUUCGCGUCCUUCGAGCGUACGGUUGAGGCCAUAUACAACCGACUCCCGAAGAAGAAGUCAGAGUACUCCAAGCUCACUCAAACGGGUGUCUCUUUCCUCGGCGGUUACAUCGCCGGUAUCCUCUGUGCACUCAUCUCCCACCCUGCCGACGUCAUGGUGUCCAAGAUGAACGCAAACAAGAACGCAUCUGAGGGCGCUGGUGCGGCGAUCAAGAGGAUUUAUGGCGAGAUCGGGUUUGGGGGGUUGUGGAAUGGACUUCCUGUCAGGAUCUUGAUGAUUGGAACUUUGACGGGGUUGCAGUGGUUGAUUUAUGAUUCGUUCAAGGUUGCGUUGGGGUUGCCGACUACGGGAAGUACGGAGGAGAAGGAGACGCCCGGGGAGCCUAACAAGUAA